GCGUAGUCAUUAUAAUCAUCAAAUCAUUCAUAUACUAAUACAAUGCCUCACCUCAUUUUGCAUCGCCUCAAAAUUUUAUUCACGUACACCCGCCGAACCCGCUCAAUCAUCUGCAUUUGAAGUUUGAUCACACCAAGUACAAACCCAGUUUUCAGGUUAUUGGUUAAGUUUGUUGUAUAAUUUGGGAACAAUAAAACAGAGGAUGCGAAAAGUGCCUUGAUGUUGCCUUCAACCCAAUUGAAAAAAGGUGGCGCAUGGAGGCCACAAUUGUUCAAAGACAUUAUGGUCAUGUCCAAGUCAAGGUCUCGUUCACAAAUGAAAAGACCAAGAUGGAUUAUUGCAUUGGUUUGUAUUCUCUGCGUUUUUCUGAUUACUGCUUAUUUCUAUCCGUCGGAAAGCUCUACGACAUGCUAUCUCUUCUCAUCUCCUAAUUGUGAUGGGAUAUUUGGAAAGACUCCACCUAGUCCUGCAAGGGAACUAACUGACGAUGAGACUGCAUCUUCAGUUGUAGUUAAGGAAAUUCUUAAUACGCCUCCUCUUCAGUCGAAGAACCCGAAAAUCGCUUUCAUGUUUUUGACUCCGGGCACGUUACCUUUCGAGGAGUUAUGGGAAAAUUUCUUUCAAGGCCAUGAGGACAAAUUCAGUGUUUAUGUACAUGCAUCUAAGCAGAAACCAAUACAUGUGAGCCGCUAUUUUGUUGAUAGAGACAUACAUAGUGAACAGAUGCCUUUGAUAAUAAAUUAUCAGGUAGUUUGGGGAAAAUUUUCAAUGGUUGAGGCAGAAAAGAGACUCUUGGCCAAUGCACUUUUAGACCCUGAUAACCAACACUUCGUUCUGCUGUCUGACAGCUGCAUACCACUGCAUAGCUUUGAUUAUGUAUAUAAUUAUCUCAUGUACACGAAUGUCAGCUUUAUAGACUGUUUUGUGGAUCCCGGUCCACAUGGAACUGGACGGUAUGCUGAGCAAAUGAUGCCCGAAGUUGAAAAGCACGAAUUUCGAAAGGGUUCACAGUGGUUCACUAUGAAGAGGCAACAUGCUAUUGUCAUGAUGGCAGACAGUCUAUACUAUACCAAGUUCAAGCUUCACUGCAGGCCGAACAUGGACGGCCGCAACUGCUAUUCGGACGAGCAUUACCUGCCAACCUUCUUUCGGAUGAAAGAUCCUGCUGGUCUUGCAAAUUGGUCGGUAACAUUUGUUGAUUGGUCUGAAGGGAAAUGGCAUCCAAGAGCAUUUAGGACUCAGGAUGUUACUUAUGAUCUUCUUAGGAACAUCACGUCUAUCGCUGAUAGCACACAUGUGACAAGUGAUGCAACGAAAACAGUAUUGAGGACUCCUUGCCUGUGGAAUGGGAUGAAGCGACCCUGUUUCUUAUUUGCCAGAAAGUUCUAUCCUGAAACUCUGGGGAAACUGAUACACCUUUUCUCCAAUUAUACGAAAGUUUGAAUUUCUUUCUUCUCUGUCGGCCAAUUAUACCAUGCCAUGUGGCCGGACAUUUUGGAUCCUCGCUGCGAAUAUUUUGCCAUGUCAGCGAAGCUAUCAGGGUAUGGCUCGGGAUUGGUGGUAAAGAGACUGCUGCUUCUUCUUGUAGAUUGGUUCACCUUUUCUUGUUAGCAUUACUAGAAUUGCAUUCAAUUUCAUGUUUAUAUAUCUGUAAAAAGAGGAAAAAGUUAUAUAUGAAAGUAUGAAACUGUAUUUUUUGUGUCCAAA